GCUGCUCCCUGCAUCUCCUCCUCUGCAGCUCAGAGUCCGAGACGACCAGGACCAGGAUCAUACCCGGACCACGACCAGGAUCACAACCGGACGCGGACCAGGACCAGAAUCACAUCCGGACCAGCACCAGGAUCACAUCCGGACCAGGACCAGGUUCAUACCCGGACCAGGAUAACACCUGGAACAGGAGGAUUAAACCCAGACCAGGAGGAUUAAACCCAGACCAGGAGGAUUAAACCCAGACCAGGAGGAUUAAACCCAGACCAGCAGGAUUAGAUCCAGACCAGGAGCGGAUGUGUGAGGACCAGCUGAUGGAUGGUCUGAGAUCAGCGGGGGACCAGUGAGAUGCAGCGGUGUGAUGCAGCGGUGUGAUGGGACAAUUAGUCCAGCACGAUGGGAAACAAACAGACAACCUUCACCGACGAGCAGCUGGAGGCUUAUCAGGACUGCACCUUCUUCACCCGGAAAGAAAUCCUGCGGUUACAUGGCAGAUAUCGUGAACUGGCUCCACACUUAGUUCCUCUGGAUUACACCAACAACCCCGACAUCAGAGUUCCUCUGACGCUCAUCAUCACUAUGCCUGAGCUGAAGGAGAAUCCGUUCAGAGACAGAAUCGUGGAGACGUUCUCCGAGGACGGACAGGGGAACCUGAGCUUCAAUGACUUUGUGGACAUGUUCUCUGCUCUGUGUGAAACGUCGCCCAGAGAACUCAAGAACAUUUACGCCUUCAAGAUCUACGACUAUAACAGGGACAACUUCAUCUGCAAGGAGGACCUGGAGAAGACUCUGAACAAGCUGACCAAAGGAGAGCUGACGCCGGAGGAGGUGACGCUGGUGUGUGACAAAGCCAUCGAGGAGGCCGACCUCGACGGAGACAGGAAACUGUCCUUUGCCGAUUUCGAGAACAUGAUCUCGAAGGCUCCAGACUUCCUCAGCAACUUUCACAUACGAAUAUGAUGCUACAGAGGAGAGAUGCCUCACCCCCUCAGUGCCUGUCCUCUCUACCACCUGUGGAGAGACGUCCUCCAGACGUCCACCAGACGUCCACCAGACGUCCUUCAGCAGGAAACGAGGCCGGACUCAGGUCUGGUCUCUGGUGAAUACAGAUCAACAGUUUGUGCAUGAAACUUUUCUCUUCGUUAAAUUCUGAGCAAGGACAAGCAGAUCUGAUCCAGGAGAGCGUCUCUGAGGUCGGACGUCUCCUGUGGACAUGUGGACACACAACAGGGCUUCUCUGACUCCAGUGCUUUGACAGAGACUUUUUGAAAAGCACACCUUUAAAGGGCAAACAGUGAAGAGCUAUGCAAUCUUUCCUCAUGACGUGCAUGUUGUAAAUCGCUUGUAGCUGCAGCAACUUUCUACGCGUGGUGUCGUGAGCGUCGUGAUGCACAAUGACAAUCAUAGUAACCUGUAGAUCAGCUGAUGGAAGGGCUCUGUCGUCUCACCUGUAACAAACCUGAUCGAGCAGCUCAUCAACACUGACCUUUUCUGGCUCCGCUCAAAUAAAAGAUUUUUCUGUGGCUUCACGACGACUCUUAUCUUCUCUUACAGGAAAUAAAUUCUCCUGAUGAAACUGA